AUGGGGAGCUCCAGAUUGGCACCCUUGCUCCUGCCUCUCCUCCUGCUCCUUAGCCAAUCUGUGACUGCUGAGGUUGGCUGUCCCUACCUGCCACACUGGACCAGCCGCUGUCUACUGGCCUCCUAUGUGGAUAAGAGUUCCGCUGGCCUUCAGUGGGGCUGGUUGCCUCUCUUGAUGAAGAAAUCUAAAAGUCCUCCUAAGUUUGAAUUCUACUGGAGGUGCAGGACUCCAGCAUCCUCCCAGAGGAAGCUGCUGGGCAGCCUUUCCCCGUCUCAGGAAGGCCAUCACAUUUCCAACCCCUUCCCAGCCAUCUCCGACAGAGGACCACGCUCCAAAAGGACCCAGCCUUCAGAUGCAGAAGGGGCAGAACAUCUUCCUGGAGCAGGUUCACAGGAACGUGGAGGACCUGAAUUCUCCUUUGAUUUGCUGCCCGAGGCACAGGCUAUUCGGGUGGCCGUUCCUCCAGGCCCAGAGGCUAGUGUGCGUCUUUGUUACCAGUGGGCACUGGAAUGCGAAGACAUGAGCAGUCCCUUUGAUACCCAGAAAAUUGUGUCUGGGGGCCACACUGCAGACCUGCCUUAUGAAUUCCUCCUGCCCUGCAUGUGCAUAGAGGCCUCCUACCUGCAAGAGGACACUGUGAGGCGCAAAAAGUGUCCCUUCCAGAGCUGGCCUGAAGCCUAUGGCUCGGACUUCUGGAAGUCAGUACACUUCACUGACUACAGCCGGCAUGAUCAGAUGGUCAUGGCUCUGACACUCCGCUGCCCACUGAAACUGGAGGCCUCCCUCUGCCAGAGACAGGACCCACUCAUGCCCUGUGAAACCCUCCCCAAUGCCACAGCACAGGAAUCAGAAGGAUGGUAUGUCCUGGAGAAUGUGGACCUGCACCCCCAGCUCUGCUUUAAGUUUUCUUUUGAAAACAGCAGCCAUAUUGAGUGUCCCCACCAGAGCGGGUCUCUCCCAUCCUGGACUGUGAGCAUGGCUACCGAGGGCCAACAACUGACCCUGCACUUUUCCUCGAGGACGUAUGCUUCCUUCAGCGCUGUCUGGAGUACCCCAGGCUUGGGGCUGGAUCCCCUGAUGCCUACUGUGUAUAGCGUCAGCCAGACCCAGGGCUCAGUCCCAGCAACUUUAGAUCUCAUCAUUCCCUUCUUGAGACCGGGGAGCUGCAUCCUGGUGUGGAGGUCAGAUGUCCAGUUUGCCUGGAAGCACCUUUUGUGUCCUGAUGUCUCUCAUAGGCACUUGGGGCUCUUGAUCCUGGCACUGCUGGGCCUCACCACUCUCCUGGGCGUAGUUCUGAGCCUCCUCUGUCGGCGCCUACUGCCAGGCCCAGGCCAAGCGCGGCCAAUUUUACUACUGCACGCAGCGGACUCAGAGGCACAGCGGCGUCUGGUGGGAGCGUUGGCCGAACUGCUGCGGACCGCGCUGGGCGGCGGGCGCGACGUCAUCGUGGAUCUCUGGGAGGGGACGCAUGUGGCACGCAUUGGACCACUGCCAUGGCUCUGGGCGGCGCGGGAGCGCGUGGCGCGGGAGCAGGGCACGGUGCUGCUGCUGUGGAACUGUGCAGGCCCCAGCCCCGCCGGCAGCAGCGGCGACCCACACACCGCGUCCCUUCGCACCUUGCUCUGCGCUGCCCCAAGCCGGCUGCUGCUUGCCUACUUCAGUCGCCUCUGCGCCAAAGGCGACAUCCCCCGGCCUCUGCGCACUCUGCCACGCUACCGCCUGCUUCAUGACCUGCCGCGCCUGCUGAGGGCUCUGGAUGCUCGGCCUGCCACCCUAGCCACCAGCUGGAGUCACCUUGGGGCGAAGCAGUGCUUGAAAAACCGCCUAGAGCUGUGUCACCGGCUAGAACUCGAGGCCAAAGUUGACCACCAAGGCUCAACCGAUCAUCCCUGCGGUUCCAGUUGUCUGUAGCCUCAGCCUAUGGAGCAACAGCUGGAACUCCAGAAUGAGGCCUCAAGCUUGUACUCUUGGGGUGCUUCUUGCCCCCACCAAAUUGUAAGACUCACCCUAGGCCCCAAGCUUGCCCAGGUUUCCUCUCACACAUGCUUCCUCUCAGAGUCCCUGAGAGAAAACUGGGCUUUCUUGAUAGCUCCUCAGCCCUUUCUGAGGAGGAGGGGCCGUUUUUCCAUUUCUUUUUGGAAACUGCAAAGACAGCACCUGCACCAAGCAUUCUAGUCCAGGCUGGGGAGAGCUGGGCCAGGGUUGGGAAGCAGGCUCUGUCUGUCAAGGUCUUGAAGGUGGUUCUGCUCAGCAGAGUUAAGAGAAACCCCUUGUAAGCAAGGGGUCAGUCACCCUUUCCCAGAAGGGAGGCCCUAUCCAGGGGUAGUUUGAUUUUUUUGUUUGUUUUAUUUCGUGUUUGUUUGUUUGAGAUAGACACUGUGGAGCCCUGGAUAGCCCGGGACAAAGAGAGAUCUCCCUGUCUCUGCCUCUUGAAUGCUGGGAUUAAAGGCCUGAGCCACCACAAUUGGUGAGAGAGAGGAUUUCGUUCACCCAGAAAGAUGAAUAAAAGCGAACCAAGUAGAUAAAUUAAGGAACACAGUGUGCUGCUCUUGUGUGCCUGGGCCUGCCCCAGGCUUGUUCUAGGACAGCUCACCAGCUCAAGUCCUCUCACUCAUAAUGUCAUCUGUGGCCUCGUUCCCACAAGCUGUGCCUGUGGAAGCCAAGGAGGGCCCAGUACCUCCUGGACCCUUUCCUCGAUGUGAUUCUUCUGAGAGCAAAGGAAAACCCAGAGCUCAGCAAGGCACGCACCAUGUGUAUCCCUACUCCUCCAGUCCCAACCACAUCACGGCAGAACCCCUGCUGAGUUCUGGGUCUCCCAGGCCCUGCCUGCCCCUCCAUUCCCCUUGAACCUAGGCCAGGCAGUGGGGCGAAGCCCACUUCAGAGCUGCUGUUUCCCCGAGGGUGGUUGGUUGUCACUGAGGUCCAGGAAGUGUAUGAAGACCCUAGGUAUCUGGUAAAGGGAACCCAGUGGGCCAGUGGAUCCCUGGGUCAUACAAGAAGUGGAACCGCCCGAGAUGCUACAAGCCGGGCAGGGGUCUUCUCAAUCAUAGUCUCUGUUUUGGGUGAGAUCUGGGAUAAGAGUUACCUUACUCAGCUAGACUCCAGCUGUGCCGCCUGCCCAGGGCUCCUCCCAGCCAGGUGUCAGCCA